GCCCGUGGCGUGGGCACCGGCGGAGCAAAGCCUGCGCGGCGCGGGGGGCAGCGGCCGUGGGGCGGGGGGGUCCCCGCGGCGGGGAAGGGGCAUCGCCCGCGGCCGCGGCGUCUGGGCCGCUGGAUGGAAGCGAGCUGGGUGCCGGCUGCCAUGGCUCUGGGGCUCUCCUCCAAGAAAGCUUCCUCCAGGAACAUCGCCGUGGAGAGGAAAAACCUCAUCACCGUCUGCAGGUUCUCGGUGAAGACCCUCCUGGAGAAGUACACGGCGGAUCCCAUCGAUGACUCCUCCGAGGAGUUCGUCAACUUCGCCGCCAUCCUCGAGCAGAUCCUCAGCCACCGCUUCAAAGGCCCCGUCAGCUGGUUCAGCUCCGAUGGGCAGCGCGGGUUUUGGGAUUACAUCCGCCUGGCCUGCAGCAAGGUCCCCAACAACUGCGUCAGCAGCAUCGAGAACAUGGAGAACAUCAGCACCUCCAGGGCCAAGGGCCGGGCGUGGAUCCGCGUGGCGCUGAUGGAGAAGCGAAUGUCCGAGUACAUCUCCACGGCCCUGCGGGACACACGGACCACCAGGCGGUUUUACGACGACGGGGCCAUCAUGCUGCGGGAGGAGUCCACGGUGCUCACGGGGAUGCUCAUCGGGCUCAGCGCCAUCGACUUCAGCUUCUGCCUGAAGGGAGAGGUGAUGGACGGUAAAACGCCCGUGGUCAUCGACUACACGCCCUACCUGAAGUUCACACAGAGCUACGACUACCUGAGUGAGGAGGAGGAGCGGGGCAGCGUGGAGAGCAGCACGAGCGAGGACAGCUCACCUGAACACCCCUACCUGCCCCUGGUCACCGACGAGGACAGUUGGUACAACAAGUGGCGCAAGAUGGAGCAGAAGUUCCGCAUCGUUUAUGCCCAAAAGGGGUACCUGGAGGAGCUGGUGCGGCUGCGGGAGUCGCAGCUGAAGGACCUGGAGGCGGAGAACAAGCGGCUGAAGCUGCGGCUGGAGGAGGUGAUGGUGCAGAACCAGCUGGAGAAGAGGGAGCUGGAGGGCGUCAUCCUGGAGCUGCAGGAGCAGCUGACGGGGCUGAUCCCCUGCGAGAACCCGCAGCUGGCCCAGCUCUCCAAGGAGAUGGUGACACCCCUAGUCAACCAGUGGCCCUCGCUGGGGACCCUCAACGGCAACGAGAGCGGCUCGGACAGCAAACUCUACAGGAGGCACAGCUUCGUGAGCACCGACCAGCUCUCGGCCGAGAACAGCCUCAGCUCCGACUCCCAGCGCCUGGGCGAGGGCAAGCGCGAGGGCGAGCCCUGGGGGCCCUUGGGGAAGGACCCCACGCCCUCCAUGCUGGGGCUCUGCGGCUCCCUGGCCUCCCUGCCCAGCUGCAAGUCCCUGGCCAGCCUCAAGUCCAACGAGUGCCUGGUGAGCGACAGCACGGAAGCCAGCCCGACCCGCAGCCCCAGCUGAGGCCCCCGGCCCCCUCACCACCCCCCGGCCCGGCCACCCGGCCCAGCGUCGCGGCG